GCGCCAAGGCAUCUGGGAACCGGAAGAGAGGCGGGAUCGCCCCCGGAAGUCUGGUGCCGGUCGGCAGAAGCGUGGAUCCGACCGCUCCUGAGGCACCGGCUUCUCUCCUAGCCGCUGCCGCGAUGGUGGGCAAGGCUCGGAAGCGUGGGGUCGGGCAUCGCCGGGCGGCUCGGGUCCAGGAAGAGGAGGAGGAGAAGGAAGAGCAGGGUCCGCCGCCCUCCCCGGGGGACCCCAGCUAUUUCCAGGACCAGGUAGAUGCCUUCCACGAGGCGCGGUCGCAGGCGGCUCUGGCGCCCUCGUGGAGCGACGGUGAGAGCGGGGCCGAGGACCCCGAGGAGGAGGAGGUGUUAGGCCUGGACGUGCCCGAGGAGGAAGAGGAGGAGGACGACGACGAGGAGGACGAGGACGGAGAGGGGGAGGAUGCGGCCAGCGUGGGAGGCAGCUCCGUGCUUAGCGAGGCCGAAGACCCCGACCCCGGCCUGUCGUGGGGCCGGAGGAAGAGCCUCUACUAUGAUACGGACUACGGGGCUCCCCGGGGCAGGGGGCAGCAGAGCCAGCAGGAGGCCGACGAGGCCGCCCGCGAGGAGGAGGAGGAGGCUCAGCUGAUCCAGCGCCGCCUGGCCCAGGCCCUGCACGAGGAUGACGCGGGCCUGGACUGGCUGCAGGCGCUGGGCAAGGAACCCCAGGAGCCCCGGCCCCGGGAGCCCCCGAGCCGCGUAGUGGCCGACCUGGCGGCGCUGCCGGCCAAGGAGAAGCUGAAGCUGCUGCGCAAGGAGGCCCCGGAGCUGCCCGAGCUACUGCAUGACCUGAAAGCCAAGCUGACGGAGCUGCGCGACGAGCUGGAGCCGCUGCUGCGCCUCGUGCCGCCGGGCCCCGGCAGCCGUUACUUACGCACCAAGUACAGCCUGUACUUGGCCUACUGCGCCAACGUGAGCUUCUAUCUGGUGCUCAAGGCUCGCCGCGCCCCCGUGCACGGACACCCUGUCAUCCCCAGGCUCGUGGCCUACCGCACCCUCAUCAACAGGCUGGCGCCGCUGGAGCGCAGGCUGGCUGGUCAGGCCCGAAGGCUGCUGACCCAAGGCCGCGAGGCCGUACCCAAGAAGAGGCCCCCCCAGGUGCGGGCCACGGCUCCCCCCUCCGAGGACUCUGAGCCGGAGGAGGUAGCGGCCCCGAAGCCCCGUGGAGACGAGGAGGAGAGACUGAAGCUGAAGAGGAAGAAGGAAGAAGCCCAGGAAGAGGAGGAGGGAGACCCAGGCACCAAGAGGGCCAUUACCUAUCAGAUCGCCAAGAACAAGGGGCUUACACCCAGGAGGAAGAAGAUCGACAGGAACCCCCGGGUCAAGCAUCGGGAGAAGUUCAGGAGAGCCAAGAUCCGCAGAAGGGGACAGGUGCCUCAGGUACGCACCGAAGAGUACAAGUAUUCUGGAGAACUGUCCGGCAUCCGUGCUGGAGUCAAGAAGAGCAUCAAGCUGAAAUAAAGCCAACUCGCUUCCUUGAACUAAAGCUCUAAGCCAUAUACUUUGAACCAAUAAAUUUUUCAUUCCAGUGACAAAGCAAUCCUCUUUUUUAAUUUUCUAGGAUAUAGUCUUGUAAAACUUUUUUAAACUUGGGGAAGUAAUUUCUGGUUAUUGCUGGACUUUUAUCUGCCCGGGUUAAUUUCUUGUCAAAAAGUGCAUUUGUUUAUUGUUUCCGAGAAAGACAUACUUAUUCAGGAUCUGGUUUUUGAAGGUUCAGUUUGGAAUUAUUUGUACAGCUUUGUUGCAGUAGGACCUAUAAUCCCUAUAUGAGCUUUGUGUAAGGGAUAAGAUUGAAGGUAAUGAGACCUUAAUUUUUUUUUUAAUGCAUGGAUUUUUAUCAGGUUUUCCCAUGUCUUGUCCAUAAUGGGUUACCUGGCCACUUAUUUAAUGUUCCCUUAAUGAGGAACAAUCAUACCCCUAGAAAAUGGAAAAAAAAAAACUGAAAUUUUAAAAUCUCCCUUAUUCAAUCUUUUGCCAUACCUAAAAUUCCACCAGUUCACUUCUUUGGGAUGAUUAUGUCCUCUUCCAGGCAUUUUGUGUCUUAAAAUGCAAAUAUCCUUGACAAGUUCACCUUAUUGUAAAUUUAGCUUUGUCAAAUUUUCUUUUUGUGGAAUGUAGACAGAAUGAGGGUUCUUUGGCUAGGGUGGUGGCUGAAAGCUUUGCCUACAAAAUAACUUGGCCUGGGACUUAACCCUGAAAAGGGUUACAAAGAGGUAGUUCAGAGAUGCUUUCAUCUUGAAAGUAAACAGCAUCAUAAUUUAUGAACUAAUUUUGUAAGGUAUCUGCUUAAAAUCAAGGAGCUCCAAAAGCUGUGUGUUUUGCCCAUAACUACUCGAGUACCUUGGGUAAGCAAAUGCUUAAGGAGUAGGAGGAGGGAAGCUGAUUUAACUUACUUUAAGUACUCUUGUAGCCCUGGGUAGAAUUGAGGGAUAAAGGAAGGGAAGUAGGCGUUUACUAGCAAGGUAGAGGGCUUAAGUGAGGGUUCUGACUUGAUUGAAAUGUUCUACUUUAUUCAUUAACCUGAAUAAUUGAUGGGGCAUAAAUGAUGAUUGCCAAUGAGUGUAGUUUGAGUCUGAUGUUGGAUGUUCAAAAUGAGGAUGUUUUUAAAAGGGGAGGAAGUGAUUUAAUCAUUCUGGCCUCGUACUCAUUUGCUCAUCUCAGGAAUGUGAGGAUAAAAGAAAAUUACUACAUGUGAAAAUACUUAAGUGAAUGAAAUCAUUACAUACCCAGAAAAGGGUUUGGGGAGAGAGUCAUAAGAUUACAGAUUUAUAAAACUAAGGGCCCUCAGAGGACAUCUGAUCCAGCUACCUCACUUUUCAGAACAGGAAACCGAGGCCUAGGGAAAUUAAGGGACUUGCCUAAAGCCCCACAGGUAGUAAAUGGCAGAAGUAGGAUGUUAAUUCUUGUUCUCUGGCUCCAAAUCCAUUGCUCUGUAUUCUGUACCACUCUCCCCAACACUCAAAGCGGGAUGUGGGGAAUUUGGGUGAUGAGAGAGAAGGAAUGCAGUAAGAUGAAAUGAAGUUGGUUGUGUUGUGCUUAUCUGAGCCAAAACUUCUAUUAAAGGACUCUAAAGAAGCA